AUGAGUGCUUUAUUAUCUGAAGCAGAUUUGAAUGAUUUUAUUAGCCCAAGUUUGGCUUGUGUUAAACCUACUGUAAUCAACAAAUCCAAAGUUGAGGAACAAAACAAGGACGGUGAGAUUGAAGUCGGUAAGGAACCUGAGGAAUUAGAGAAAGUCUCAAUUACCUUACAAGAUUGCUUAGCCUGCGUGGGCUGUAUUACUUCAAGUGAAGAAAUUCUUUUAAGUAGACAAAGUCAUUCUGUUUUUUUAAAUGAUUGGUCUAAAUUAGAAGACAAUAAAAGGGAGCUAGUUGUUAGUGCAUCACCACAAACAAGACUUUCUUUGGCUAAUUAUUAUGGUCUAACUUUACAAAAAUUUGAUAUAAUAUUUGUUAAUUUCUUUAAAAGCCAUUUUAAGGCAAAGUUUGUCGUGGGGACACAACUUGGUAGAAAUGUUACAAUACGACAAACAAAUAAUAAAUUAAUGAAGUUAAAAGAAGAAGGAAUUUUGGAUGAAAAACCAAGAUUAUGCUCAGUAUGUCCAGGGUUUGUAUUAUAUUGUGAAAAGACUAAACCUGGUCUAGUACCAUUACUAUUAAAUGUUAAAUCUCCUCAACAAAUCACAGGCUCAUUAUUAAAAGAUUAUAGCAAAAAACAUUUAUCAAAUAGACUUUAUCAUUUGACAAUAAUGCCAUGUUUUGAUAAAAAAUUAGAAGCUUCAAGAUCAGAUGGAGAAGAAGAAGUAGAUUGUGUUAUCACUCCUAAAGAAUUCGUCACUAUGCUUGAUGAAUUGGAUUUAAAUUUCAAAGAUUAUGAUAUAUCUGAUACCUCAUCAACACAGAUAUUAUACGAAAUGUCUCCCAAGAGCUGGGACCCAGAAAUUCACUGGGCAUCAAAUGAAGGUAGUAGCUCAGGUGGUUAUGCAUUUCAAUAUAUUCUUGCUAUGUCUAUGAAAUAUCCCGAAACAGAUCUGGUGAUGUUACAAGGAAAAAACAGUGAUGUUAUGGAAUAUAGAUUAAUAGACAACAUUCAGACACCUCCUAGGGUCAUAGCAUCUUCGAGUGAAAUAUAUGGAUUUAGGAAUAUUCAAAAUCUCGUUCGUAAAUUAAUUGGUGGGGACAUGAAAAGAAGAAAUGUAAAGAUAUUACGAAAGAGAAAUACUACAAAAAAUAAUUCAAAUUCAAAACCAACAGCGAUUGAUCCUCAUAAAACAGAUUUUAUAGAGGUUAUGGCUUGUCCUGGUGGGUGUAUCAACGGCGGAGGGUUAAUUAAUGGCGAGCAAAAUAGUUCCAAGAGACGUGCACUGAUUCAAGAAUUAAAUGAAAAAUAUAAAAGAGAGUUAAAAAUCAUAGAUGUUCUCCAGAUGGGUUACUCUGAUGAUGAACCAGAUUAUGAAUAUGAAUUUAAUGCCGUUUAUAAAGAUCCUUCAGAAACUCAAGAUAUUGUCACUGUAGGCAAUACUUGGUAA